UAUUGGAAAUGAGUGUCAGUGGAUUUGAACUGCUGUGCAUUAUGAGCGUCAUCUGUGUGAUUCAGGUGCUGAUCUGCCGUAAUUACCGCGGUGAUGUGGACAUGUCCGAGAUCGAGCAUUUCAUGACCCUGCUGAUGGAUAAAGAGGAGGAGGGAACACUGUCGCCCAUCCUGGCUCACGGGGGAGUUCGCUUCAUGUGGAUCAAGCACAACAACCUGUACCUUGUUGCAACAUCCAAGAAGAAUGCUUGCGUGUCCCUGGUUUUCUCCUUUCUCUACAAAAUUGUUCAGGUUUUCUCAGAAUACUUUAAGGAGCUGGAGGAGGAGAGUAUCAGAGAUAACUUCGUCAUAAUCUACGAGCUGCUGGAUGAACUCAUGGACUUUGGAUACCCGCAAACCACUGACAGCAAGAUCCUCCAGGAAUACAUCACGCAGGAAGGUCACAAGCUGGACACGGGUGCUCCGCGGCCCCCUGCCACGGUCACCAACGCCGUCUCCUGGAGGUCAGAGGGCAUCAAGUACAGGAAGAACGAGGUUUUCCUGGACGUCAUCGAGUCUGUCAACCUCCUGGUCAGCGCGAACGGUAACGUCCUUCGCAGUGAGAUCGUUGGCUCCAUUAAGAUGAGAGUGUUCCUCUCAGGAAUGCCAGAGCUGCGUUUGGGUCUGAAUGACAAGGUUCUGUUUGAGAACACCGGCCGUGGUAAGAGUAAGUCAGUGGAGCUGGAGGAUGUGAAGUUUCAUCAGUGUGUGCGUCUGUCUCGAUUUGAGAACGAUCGAACAAUCUCCUUCAUCCCGCCGGACGGAGAGUUUGAGCUGAUGUCCUACCGCCUCAACACACACGUGAAGCCUCUGAUCUGGAUCGAGUCUGUGAUUGAGAAGCAUUCACACAGCAGAAUCGAGUACAUGAUCAAAGCCAAGUCUCAGUUUAAGCGACGCUCCACCGCCAACAAUGUGGAGAUUCAUAUUCCAGUCCCGACCGACGCAGACACGCCCAAGUUUAAGACCACGGUGGGCAGCGUGAAGUGGGUGCCGGAGAACAGCGAGAUUGUUUGGUCCAUCAAAUCUUUCCCUGGAGGUAAGGAGUACCUGAUGAGGGCUCAUUUCGGGCUGCCCAGCGUUGAGGCAGAGGACAAGGAGGGAAAACCACCAAUCAGUGUGAAGUUUGAGAUUCCCUAUUUCACCACCUCUGGAAUACAGGUGCGUUACCUGAAGAUCAUCGAGAAGAGCGGCUAUCAGGCCCUGCCGUGGGUGCGAUACAUCACCCAGAACGGAGACUAUCAGCUGCGGACUCAGUAAACAUGAAGAAUUAGCCUAGAGGAUCAUGGGUCAAGGAAGCGUCUCUGUCUGGCUCUCUUUCUGCUGUAUGUAGAGCCUCCACACUCAUCUGCAGUAUUCACAACACACUAGUGCUUCCAAUCAUUUCAAACAAAUACACGUCAGAUCUUAAGACUCAUGGAUUGGAAUUGAAUCUUUCACACAGUGUUAUUUGGAUUUUGUCCAAACCUUCCUAUAUUGAAUCUUACGAAACUCUCCAGAACAUGUGAAUCAUAUAAAUCUUUACUUGGAAGAAUCAUAUGAAUCUUUACUUGUUAUUAGAAUCAUAUGAAUCUUUACUUGGAAGAAUCAUAUGAAUCUUUACUUAUUAGAAUCAUAUGAAUCUUUACUUAGAAGAAUAAUAUUAAUAUUUACUUGUUAUUAGAAUCAUAUGAAUAUUUACUUAGAAGAAACAUAUGAAUAUUUACUUAGAAGAAUCAUAUGAAUCUUUACUUGGAAGAAUCAUAUGAAUCUUUACUUAUUAGAAUCAUAUGAAUCUUUACUUUUCUAUCAUUAAGAUUCUUAUAUUGUCAUAACGAAUCACAUUCCCUUCAAAUUCUCAUUUCUUUCUUUUGAUUUUGUGUUGAAAUAUGAGCCUGAGGUCCUUGAGAGGAUUUGAAGGAUUCAUACAUGCAUACUUGCUGAUUCACUUGAACUGAAUCAUUUCUUGGCCAUUCCACAAGCUUUAAUUCACAUACUGCAGAUGUGUGUGUGUUCAGUGUGUGUGUGUUUGACAGUAAACAGGAAUCAUGUUUCUUUACGUUUCAUGAAAGCGCCGCGCAGUCCUUAUCCAAUGAUACCACGUCACAUCUCAACGGAGGAAGUGUUCAUACAUGUCACAUUUCAGAUGUUUUCAUACUGUAAACAAUGUUUAGAAUGGAGAGCCGUUCGUUUGCGGUUAUUUAUCAGAUUAAUUCAACAACAGUCGUAUGGUCACAGCGAUAGUGUGUUGCAUAUUACAGUGUUUGUUUGUUACGUUAAUUCAAAAGUCAAAAAAUGUCAGAUGAAUCGACUCUUAUUGAAGCGUUUGUAUUUCUAGGUCCUCAUUUCGUUCAGGAUUUCAUGUCAGGGACGUCCUCAGAUAUUGUUUUAUUAAUAUUCAGUAUUUUUUUGACGUCAUUCCUGCACACUGACUCUUUAGUUUUUUUUUUAUUUGAGUUUAUUUAUAGUAUGUUGUAAUUCAGUGUUCACAGUACCUCAUGAGUUUACUACACUGCUAAAAUGCAAAAUUACACUCGAUUUAAACUGUUCAACACACAACUGAAAUCUAAAGUCAACCGUGGUGCCAUUUUCAAAAUGGGAGAUGAAAUAGAAAAUGUUUGUUUGUUUUUUGUAUCAAUUUGUCGAUUUGUCUCAUUUCAUUUGCCUUCAAGUGAUAGAAUGUAAAGGUUACCAUGUUUACUAUGGUACAGCAUGCAGUGGAGCUGAAAUGUGACAUAAUUGCAUUCCUCUUGAAAUGUUCCUGUAUCUCACUUAAAUAAUUGACGUCUCUGUACACGUCAGACAUCAAUAAAGUACCUGUUUAGAAAAUA